AUGCAGCCAACAGCCCUUGGUUUAUUCUUUGUGGCGAGUUUAUUCGCUGCUGUAGCCAACGCCAUUCAUUUCGAUUUACCUGCUGUAACCAGUGACCAUGUUGAAGAAGGCACCAAAUGCUUCAGCCAAUAUGUACCUCAUGAUACUUUAGUUUUGGCAGUUGUUAAUGUCGGAGAUGGUUAUAACCAACGUGUGAAUCUCGAGAUUAGAGACGACAACGAAACACCUAAUGUUUAUGUAAAGAAGAGUGAUGUCAAUGGCGAACUUCGUAAUGCAUUUACUACACAUAGUGAAGGUGAAGUCUUGGUUUGCUUUAGCAAUGUUCUUGAUGAUGGUUUCAAGGAGGGACCUCAAUAUAAACGCCCUAUUCAAUUAGAGUUCAGUGUUGGUGCUGAAGCUGCUGAUUUUAAAAAGAUUGCAAAUGCUGAAAAGUUGACUCCACUUGAACUGGAGCUUCGAAAGUUGGAAAGUGUCGUAAGAGAAAUUGUGGAUGAAAUGAAUUAUUUAAAGGCUCGUGAAGCUAGAUUAAGAGACACGAAUGAAUCUACAAACGAUAGAGUUAAAUGGUUUAGCAUUUUAUCUUUAUUCACCCUCUUUGGACUUGGCACUUGGCAAAUAUUAUACCUACGUCGCUUCUUUAGAAGAAAGAGAUUGAUUGAUUAA